UGACACUCCAACCGACUCUUGUAGUAAAGUGGCAGGGUUUUGGAGUCCACAAAAUCAGAGAGCGAAAAACACAAAGAGGAGAAGAGAGAAAAUGGCAGUACAAAGGGGACGUAACGGAAUGAUGGGGGAAGAGGAAGACGAAGGUGGUUUGUUCGAAGAGGAGGAAUUGGAGUUGGAGGAAGACCCUUCCGACUCUCACAUCCCUCUUCACCUCCGUGACCUUUUCAACGCCGCCGAACGCGGCGAAAUCAACGCCUUUCGCCUUGCCCUAGAUAAUUUUAACGGAAACAUUGAUGAACCUCUUGAAGAUGGGGACACUGCUCUUCAUCUAACUUGUCUGUAUGGCCAUCUGGCUUGUGUGGAGCUACUGUUAGAGAGGGGAGCUUCUGUGGAGGCAAAGGAUGAAGAUGGAGCACUUCCGUUGCAUGAUGCUUGUGCUGGAGGAUACACGGAAAUAGUCCGUCUGCUAAUAAACAGUGCCCCUGACCCUGAAUGUGUGAAGAGGAUGAUGGAGUCCUUUGAUGAAGAAGGUGAUGCGCCUCUCCAUCAUGCUGCCAGAGGUGAACAUGUAGAUGUUAUCAAAUUAUUGUUAGCUUCUGGUGCUUCUGCUAUGACGAGAAAUUUAUAUGGAAGGAUGCCUUCUGAGCUUGUUGAGCCUGAAAGUGAAGUUUGCAGAAUCUUACAAGAAGCUAUAGAUGCUGAACUUGGCCGUUAGGCCUUCGUACAGAAAAUUGGGGCCCUUGGCUUUCACCAAUAUGUUUACCCUGUUUUAUAAGUACCAGAUUUUGUCGGAACUUAGAAGCUUGGAAAUUAUGUAGCAAUAGGUGACAGAAGUUCUCCUGAAAGUUGCAAUACUCCUUAUAAUAAGAUUGCAGUUUGAGAAAUAUUCAGGUUUUGAAGUGGUUGUCAGUGAUUUAUCAAUUAUAAUGUUAUACUAAUAGGAGGUACAUUUCUGAUC